AUGACGGAAGUAUAUACACUCAUCAAACAGAAAGGAAUGCCAGAACACAUUACAAAAUCUAGUCAAAUCAAAUUCUCGGUGAACACUAAAUUGACGGAACGACCUGCUACAACCAUACGUCCUGUUUGUAGGCCUGAUUCAUGUGGUAAACGAGGAUUACCAGGACUACCAUGCUCAAAUGGAAAGUGUACAGACACAUUAAAAAUUGGCAGGAAUGGUGCCGUAGAACUUAAAUCAGAUGAAAAUCAUCGGGCUGUGACAAAUUCUGACAUUGAUGAGCCUGGAAUACCCAGUUUGUCUGAAGGAAUGAGUGGUCACAAAUCUACAAAACUGUCAACUUUCAUCUUUUUUAAUUUAAACGUGACAUGUCAUUUGGACCAGUUGUGUUCCAUGCCAAACAGAAAUGAUGUUACUUGUCGUUGUGAUAAUGAGUGUGUUCUAUUUGGAGAUUGUUGUGCGGACUGGUACACCCGAAAUGUGUCAGGUAGCAAUUCCGGUAUACUGAAUGCUAUGGAAAACCCUUCUGACUGGUAUACGGCAAAUAUGGAUGACGCCAAAUAUGCUUCUAUUUUGAUCGGCUAUAUACGGAACAGCGAGUGUACAUCAAUUCAAAAUGGAUCGGACUUAUUACAAUUACGAGUCAUUGCAAAGUGUCCAGAGGCAUAUAAGGAUGAAGGUACAAAAGACGGAUGCGAAUCCGGUGCGUUACAUCCUAUAGAACACGUACCAGUAUCUCUUCGUUUGCAUGAAUCUGUCCAAAUUGUUUUUAAGAAUAAGAUGUGUGCUGUUUGUUAUGGAUAUAAGGAAACAGAAGUGGUUCCUUGGACGGUGUAUGCAAGGUGUCCUGACAACAUGCCGUCUCAGGGUUCGGAGAAUCUAAAGACUUCAUUAAAGAGAGAAUGCAAAUUCUAUGUCAUUUCACCUUCCAAUGUAGGUGAACUCAGAAAAUGCCAACAAGUGGACUCCCCUCCGGAGUGUGAUGGAAAUAAAACAGCUUCACUUGCGACCGUUUGUAAAUCCUACCUUUCGCCAGUUUUCCAAAUGGCGUCCUUUAUGAGAAAUCCUCACUGUGCACACUGCCUCCUAGGCAAUGACUCUCGAUUAAGUUGUGAAAUGGAUACUGCUGGGCCGUUAAUGCCCGAGUUUAGCCCAACUAUUGGGCUGAAUGUACUCUUUAAUUUUAAUCCUGAUACUGGGUUUUGGUAUUCUUCGGACGUAAGUAAUUGCCCAGAAAGUCAGGUAUGGUAUCCGAAUAAAGGAAAAUGUCACUCGCUUCUCUGUCCUAAAAAUUACAUACCAAGUUAUGGGAAGUGCAUUGAAGACAAACAUUCUUUCUUCAAUGAUACAAAUAAUAUUCCCUUAGAUGAAAAAUCAAUGACAGCAUACAAUGUUUCAAUUGAUAUUACUGUCAGUGGAGGAGAAAAAUACACAACUUCAAUUCAGAAUGUUUUACAGUUAUUUAUUGAAAACUUAGUUCAAUCGGGAGUAAGAAUAAUUACAGACCUUCAAUUGGAAGAUAUAUUCCAAGAAAUAUCAGCAGAUCACAUUGAAGAAGUAAUGGAAUAUCACAUGAUUGUCAACGCCAGCACAGCAGAAGCACUGGAGUCUGUGGUCUCACAAACGUUAAACAUCGUACAACAUUUUGAGUAUCUUAAUAUUUCAGCCAAGUUAACCAACUUCGAGGAAAAGGAAUCGUUACACUGUAUCAAUACAGACAUCAAACAGUUUUUAGGAUCGGGGAUGGAAUUUAUAGGGGAAAAUGAUAAUUUGUACAUAAGACCACGCAAGACAAACAUCACCAUCGGUCUAUAUAGCACCCGAUUCUCACUUUUGAUGAACCAGGAAAAUAAAAAGCCACACAUAAAGUUCCUAGGGUUGUGCACAGAAGGGAUAUUACUUAAUUGUACAUUGCUAUCAUACAAAGAAAACGAGUAUGAAAUCAACAAUUUUGUGGCUUUCAUCAGCAACAUAAACGAGGUUAUCACUAACUUUGAAUUAAAAAAUGAUAUUUUGUAUGUUUGUGACAACAUAACUUUCCAGGGAAUCUCAGAAGAGGCCGAUGAAGCAAUGCCCAUUUUAACAAUUAUAAUGUUCUCAAUUUCAAGCACAUCUCUAAUCGCUUUGCUCAUUUUACACUGUGCUUUUCCAUCUCUUCAGACAGUUCACGGCAAAAAUUUAAUGUCAUUUUCAACAUCUCUUCUUACUGCCCAAACUCUAUUUUUAAUUGGGCCCUAUAUUCCAGGGAUAUUUUGUAUUAUAACUGCAAUAUUUCAACAUUAUUCUUGGCUGUGUUCCUUCAUGUGGACAAGUGUCAUGGCAUUCGACUUGGCAAGAAAAUUCAGCGCCAAAACAAUGAUGACAUAUACAACUAAUAGCUUUCAAUUCAAAAAAUAUUUCUGCGUGGCGCAUGGACUACCGUUGCUACUGGUGACCAGCUGUGUGGUAGUUGACAACAUCAGCAUUAACGUGCCUGUGGAGUAUGGUUCAGGUGGUGGUGGAUAUUGCUGGAUUGGGAACCCUACUGUAUCAUUGUUUGUCUUUGGUUUGCCAGUUGCCCUAUGUCUGCUCUUUAAUCUGGUUUGCUUCGGUAUAUCUCUACAUGGUAUUCAUGGAACAAAGCAAAGUGUAAAAACCGUGCGAAAUAAAAACCAAGAAAGAAAUUACUGUAUCAUAUAUACGAAGAUAUCACUGUUAUUGGGAGGCACGUGGAUCUUUGGUUUCCUAUCUACAAUCGUCAGAACAAAACUGAUAUUUUACAUGAACAUUUGUCUCAAUGGACUGCAAGGUUUCUUUAUCUUUUUAGGUUUUGUAAUGAAUGCAAGACUCAUACGCAUGGUUCGUCAAAAAAGACAGAGAACUUCUUCAACCAUGUCACUACAUACGAGUAAAAUGACAGAUAUAUCUCGUGCUUCAUCAAAAUUAAAAGAAAAUCGUUACUAG